AUGGAUGAUAAGAUUAACGACGUUAUGUUGCCUGGUUUUCGGUUUCAUCCCACAGACGAGGAGCUUGUUGGGUUUUACCUGAAGAGAAAACUUUUGAAACGGACUCUUCCUAUUGAGCUGAUUCAGCAAGUCGACAUAUACAAAUACGAUCCAUGGGACCUUCCAAUGCUGGCAUCUAGUGGGGAGAAGGAGUGGUACUUCUACUGUCCAAGGGAUCGUAAAUACAGGAACAGUACACGGCCAAACCGUGUUACAGGAUCUGGAUUUUGGAAAGCCACCGGAACUGACAGGCCUAUAUAUUCGUCCAAUGAUACCAAAUGCAUUGGUUUGAAGAAGUCCCUGGUGUUCUAUAGAGGAAGAGCUGCAAAAGGAAUAAAAACUGACUGGAUGAUGCACGAAUUCCGACUUCCAUUGACCCCUGAAAGUGAACUACCCAAGAAGCUUUCGGACAAGAAUAUUCCUCCAAAUGAUUCUUGGGCCAUUUGUAGGAUUUUCAAGAAGACUAAUUCCAUGGCACAAAGAGCUCUCACUCACUCUUGGGUAGCUUCACUAUCUGAAACGUCACCAGAUUCAAUUACUCAAGGUGUACACUACGCUCAAUUUUCUUCUGAGAAUAUCUCUUCAACCACAGAUACAAAAUCAAGCAUUCAGUUAUGCAGCAGAAAUGAGUUACCACAAGGUUCUUCGGCUAACUUCCCCAAUCUCAACUAUCCAUCAUAUAAACCAGUAAUUAAUAAUUUAUCUAUUUCCGCAACCUCAAAUGGGGACUUCCUCAAUAACAACAUGUUCUUAUCUCCUGACGAAGAGUCAAGACCAAUGAACAAGAGUGCACUUGAUGUCACUUCCAUGAUUUUCAAUUCUUCGCCUGCUUUAAUCAGUAAAACUUUGGAUAGCAUCGACUUUGAAGGACCACAGCAUCAGUUCAAUAGCUUCCCAAUCAUAUCAUCACAAGAGAUGCAAGAAAGUAUAAGCAUGGAAGAUGAUGAAUGGGGCUUGAGAAGAAUGGUUGCAUUUCCAUUCAAUUUGCCAUCAACUGUACCAGAUGAAUGGGAGUCUAAUUUGCCAUGGGAAUCUCCCCCCUGUCCUAGUGAAAUAUCUACUACUUAUUCUACAAACAAUUGUUAUACAUAG